CAAAUCGAACGGUGGUAAAAAGAAGACACACGGUAACCAAUUAUAUUCAAUUCCCUAAUCCUUUUCGUUCCCGUCACCGCCGGGAUUCUCCGUCGCCGGAUCAUGGAGGAAGGUUGCAGCUGCAUUUACUCGAGGAUGGCCUCAAGAUUCAGCAUUGGUUUAUUGAUGAUUUUGGCAAUCGUUCUUCUUAUGGUUCGUGUACUCUAUGUUAUAUACCGGUGUGGCAAACCUCUUCCAAAAGGAGUUUCACAGUCUUUUACUACUCUUAUUGUUCUUGGUUCUGGGGGACACACGGCUGAGAUGUUGAGUCUCCUCUCUGUUUUGCGGAAGGACAGAUUUACACCAAGGUUUUACAUUGCUGCUGCUACUGAUAACAUGAGUCUCCAGAAAGCUCGUAGUUUUGAAGAUUCUGUAGCUGAGAAGCCUGCUGUUAAGGAAGCAUCACAGUUCAUGCAAAUUUACCGGAGUCGUGAAGUUGGUCAGUCUUAUGUGACUUCUGUUUGGACUACCAUUGUUGCUAUUGUUCAUGCUCUGUGGCUAAUGAUCCGGAUCAGACCACAAGUGAUUCUUUGCAAUGGUCCUGGGACCUGUAUUCCUCUGUGUGUGAUCGCUUUCGUAUUCAAGGUACUGGGAAUUAGAUGGUCAUCAAUCUUUUAUGUUGAGAGUGUAGCAAGAGUGAAAAAGCUCUCAUUAAGUGGAUUGUUGCUUUACAAGUUGAGAAUAGCUGAUCAAUUCUUUGUUCAAUGGCCACAACUGCAUAAGAAGUAUCCUCGGGCUCACUAUGUUGGGUGCCUGAUGAUUGAGUUUUAAACAAUGAAUUUUUGUAAUCAGCUGUUCUGACUUUGUUAAUGACUUAAUGCCAUUUCAGUGAGCUUAUAAUGUGGUUUUGGUAAUCUUAUUCCAAACUAAACCAGAAUCGUUCACUAUUUAUUUAAAUAAAAUAUAUUUCAUGUU